AUGACCGUCUCGCCCUGUACAAACGACGACGCCUUUGGCCCAACCGUCAGCGGGUGCCGGGACGACUUUGACUUUACCAUCGUCUUCCAACAGUCUAUCCUGUCCAUUCUGCCCAGCGCCUGCUUCAUCACUCUUGCUUUACUUCACUUGGUUUUCCAAUGGCGACAACGGCAUCAAACUGGAAAUAUUACCCUGCGCAAUACAAAGGUCGUUCUCCUUACAGUCUACGCGGCACUACAGACGGCUCGGUUAGCUCUAUCAGCCCAGCAGAUUGCUGGACAGCAUGGCUUCUACCCUCUAUCAUCAGUGGCUGCCGCCUUGACCUUUGUUGCCUCUCUUCUUGCUAUUGUCUUAUCAUACUCGGAUCACGUCCGUUGCCGCAAACCAUCUCUCUUGCUCGAAGCCUAUCUCUGUUUGACUCUGCUUUUUGACAUUAUUCAGACGCGUACCGCCUGGCGAUCGCAGCUUACCACAAUUGCCCCUUUGUACACCACUGCUACUGUUGUCAAGGCCAUCAAUCUGGUCCUGGAAGCAGUUCCCAAAUCCGAAUUCACUGGUUAUGAUGCUCUUCCCAGCCCCGAGGAGACCAGUGGCCUCUUUGGCCGCAGCACAUACUUUUGGAUCAACAAGCUCUUCUACCAUGGCUAUCGCAGUCCUCUUCGCAAGGAAGACUUGUAUCCUCUCGAUACCAGUAUGACGGCUACCGUUUUACACGCCAAUCUUCAGCUCACCACCGAAACCAAAGAGGACGCCAAAAACUCCAUGGCUCCCGAACCCCUGCGCAAUGUGUGGUGGACGCUGCUUGGGCCUUUCUUGUUACCCGUUGUGCCUCGACUGGUUCUAGUCGCUCUCAAGCUAUCACAGCCGCUGUUUAUCCAUACCAUGCUCGACUACCUCGCGUUGUCCAAGGAAGCACGCGACAAGAAGUACGGGUAUAGCCUUAUUGGGGCAGCCUUUUUCAUCUACACAGGCAUUGCCCUGUCUUCGGGCAUCUACCAGUCUUACAACCAGCGCUUUGUAUACAAGCUCCGCGCAACGCUUCAUACUACCAUCUUCCGCAAGACAACACAAGUAAACGCUACUGCAGGUAGCGACACAGCCGCAAUCACGCUCAUGAGCACGGAUCUCGAUCGUGUCGUGCGCGGUGGCCAGGUCAUUCACGAGCUGUGGGCUAUCCUGGCACAGGUUGCCAUUGGUUGUUAUCUUCUUCAAGGCCAGCUCGGUGUUGCUUUUAUCUCUCCCCUUGUUGUUAUUGCGGUAUGUUCUGUGUUGAUGGUUGCUGUCUCCAGACCGGUUGACAAGCGCAUGGGCACCUGGAUGGAACAGAUCGAGAAGCGAGUAAGCUUGACUGCCUCAGCCGUGGGCAAUAUGAAGGCUUUCAAAAUAUCGGGUCUUGCAGGUGUUGUCGGCUCACUAAUUCAGAAUAUGCGCGCUGUGGAAAUCACUGUUGGUAAGCGAUUUCGAUGGCUCGUCAUCUUUGCUAUUGCUCUGGGUGCUGUCCCUUCUGCCUUUUCUCCUGUGAUCACUUUUGCUGCAUCCACCAAGACACUCAAUGUGGCUACAAUCUUCACUUCCUAUUCUUACAUCUACCUCAUCACUGCUCCCUUUACCAUCAUUUUUAACUCUGUCUUGCCCGUUAUUUCGGCGUUUACUUGUAUGGGACGCAUUCAAAAGUUUCUCGUCUCCAAGCCUAGAGUCGACUUUCGCUCGUGGGAGCGUGGCUCUACUGAAUCUGAAAAGGGUACUGGUGAGGGGGAGAGCGCUCUAGCUUUCCAGAUUGAAAAUGGAAGCUUCGGCUGGUCUGAAGAUCAAAUGAUUCUUCGCAAUAUCAGCUGCGAGAUUCCCUUGAAUGCCCUCACCAUGGUUGUUGGCCCCGUUGCAUCUGGAAAAUCCACGCUAUGCAAAGUCUUGCUCGGAGAGGUCCCUAUUCACUCCGGCAAAACCUCCGUCUUUCUUCCCAGUGGCAGUACCAUUGGCUACUGCUCACAAGAACCGUUUCUAUUCAAUACGAGUCUCAAGAGUAAUAUUGUUGGUCGUUCUAUUUUCAACCAGCAAAAGCUUGAAGAGGUCAUCUCGGCUACGAUGCUCACUGCCGAUAUCGAUGCGCUUGAUAAUGGUAUUGACACGGUUGUAGGUAGCGGCGGCACUACUCUAAGCGGUGGCCAGAGACAAAGAGUCGCCGUUGCCCGCGCCCUCUACUCUGGCUGCAAAGCUAUUGUGUUUGAUGAUGUGCUGAGCGGACUUGACGCAAACACAAACUCAAAGCUAUUCCAGCGCGUCUUUGGACCAACUGGAUUCACGAAGACGCAUGGAAUCACUGCUCUUCUCUGUAGCCAUUCUACUGGCCAUCUUCCCAGUGCGGAUCAUGUAAUUGUUCUCACAAAGGACGAAGCAGUAUCUCUUCAAGAGGGUUCUCUAAAGCAGCUUGAAGUAAGCAGCGACUACAUCGCGAAAUUAGAUCUCGAGUCCCGUGGGAUCUCCAACCACGAGGCCGGUCCUUCUGUUACUUCCGAUCAGGCAACUGUGCAUAAUGCUAGUAGCAGCCGCAAAAUGACGUCAAAAAACGAAGAGGAUGAAGUGGAUUCAUCUGUUAGCUCCGGGGGUGACUGGGGUGUGUACAAGCACUGGUUCAGAAACGUCCACCCGCUAUCUACUAUUGGCCUUGUCUUUUGGGCCGUUAUUCACGGCUUCAGCUCCAAUUUUGGCGUCAUCUGGCUAAACUACUGGUCUCAAGAUACCUACAGCCGCAGCCACGUCUUCUAUGUCGGCAUCUACGGUCUCAUACAAGCCAUGUUCAUCAUCUCUUGGGUUGCGAGCUCUGUGGAAAUCUUCAUCUCCAUGACCACCUUUGCUGGCAACUCACUUCACAAGGCUGCCCUCAACACUAUCCUCACUGCCCCUCUCAAGUACCUUACAACUACAGAAAUUGGUGUCAUCACUAAUCACUUUUCCCAAGAUAUGACGCUUGUUGAUGGCGAGUUACUUUACGCGUUCUUCUUUUUUGCACUCAACGUUACCGAGGCAUUCGGAAUGGCUGUUGUCAUUGCGAUUGCUACGCCAUACCUUGCUAUUGGAUACAUUAUUCUGUUCGCUGUUCUGUACUUUGUACAACGCUUCUACCUGCGUACGUCAAAACGCAUGAGACUGCUUGAUCUGGAAGCCAAGAGUCCCCUGUACACCCACUUUCUUGAAACCAUCAAGGGAAUCACUACUGUUCGCGCCUUUGGCUGGGUUGACCAGGAUAUCGCCGAGAAUGACAGACUGCUAGACAACUCGCUGCAGCCUGCGUAUCUGCUAGCCAUGAUUCAGCAGUGGCUUCGCACCGUUAUGCAAUUGGUCGUGGCUGGCCUCGCCGUGGUACUAGUCUCACUGGCCACGCAACUUGAUCCGAAUGUUGGCCUUGCCGGAACUAGUUUGGUCACGCUGUUAGCCUUUGGUGGCUCUCUGUCUGAGCUUGUGCAGGGCUACACCGAAUUGGAGACGAGCAUUGGUGCUGUUGGCCGCCUCAAGAGAUUUAGCGACUCUGUUGCCCCCGAGGAUCAGUCUGGUGAGACUCUUGAGCCGCCUGACGUUUGGCCAGAUACUGGUGCUAUCGAGUUGAAGGGCGUAUCUGCAUCCUAUGAUUUCGAUCCUGCUGCUAUUGCUACAGGUCAUAAUUUAAGCUCAUCAGCCAGCUUGGUGAUCCGUGAUCUUAGUCUGAGAGUGCCAUACGGGCAAAAGCUGGCCAUCUGCGGUAGGACAGGCAGCGGCAAAUCUACAUUAUUGAUGCUACUUCUGCAUCUUAUGAACCCUGCCAGUGGCACCGACGACACCAUUGUCGUAGACAAUGUUCCUCUAUGCCGUGUCAAGCGCGAGCUGCUUCGAGAACGAAUCAUUGCACUUUCUCAGGACCCUGCUCUACUACCUGAUGGGUACAGCAUCAAACUCAACCUGGACCCUGGCGGUCAGGCUUCUGAGGCUGAUUGCAUAUCCGCAUUGAAUGCUGUUGGGCUCGAAAAGUUUGUCAGCGACCGUGGUGGGCUGGAAUCUACCAUGUCGUCCGAUGAUCUUAGCAUGGGCGAGAGACAGCUGUUCUGUCUUGGCCGCGCCAUCUUGCGCAAGCGUGUAAAAGCGGCCAAAGCGGCCACCACAACUGGCAAGAUUGGGGGUAUCCUGCUGCUUGAUGAGAUUAGCAGUAGUGUGGAUCGUGACACAGAGAAGCGCAUUCAAGACAUCAUAGCUACGGAAUUUGCGGAUUACACCGUCAUUGCUGUAUCUCAUCGCAUCCAGACUGUGAUGGACUAUUUUGACCGUGCUAUUGUGCUCAAACGAGGCACGCUGGUCGAGUCAGGCGCGCCAAAGGACUUGGCUAAGACGCCUGGCUCUCUAUUUAGCGAUCUGUGCAAAAAUGACGGUGUUGCUAUAGAUGCUGUGUAAGAUUCAGCGUUGCAUGAUGCAUAUAGUACCACUGUGGCAUUUGAAUACAAGGUCCCAAACCCUCACCAGUAGAGCUGAGCAGUCGCGAGGGAUGCAGCGGUUUGAAAGACAUUGGAUGCCUGCGAUGUAGUGGCCAUAGUUUCACCACAGGGAGUUGAUAACCUAUUCUAGUAAUCCGCCGAUCUCACGGAUGGUAGAGUAGAUCGAUCAUGUCUUGGCGCGCCUCUUUUAGGGCCCAUAUUCGAAUUUGCAUUUGCGAGUAACAAAAACCUCGCUUCGUAUAACCCACAGUCUAUAUAGAAAGCAAUUAAUUUUCAAAGCAGCUAAUGAAUAACGAGUGCCAUACAAAGCGGAGAAAAACAGCGGGUAUAUCUUCAACUGCGCUCUGGAAAGGUACAGGCUACUAAAUAGUGGCGGUGCAUUGGCAGACAGACCAACCCCGCUGGGUAAAUACGGAUGGAUCGAGCCGAUU